AUGCCUCCCUCCAUCGACGAGCAACAAGACGUUCUUCUCGCCUGCAGAUACGGCGAUCUCGACGAUGUUAAACAGUUCAUAACCGCAUUCGGAGCCCAAGCUGCUGCCGAAGUCCGAGACGACAACGGUAACUCUGCACUGCACAUGCUGUGUGGAAACGGGCAUGAAGGUUAUUAUUCUCUCUUGCUUUUUGUCCCUCAAACAUCUCAGCUUUAUAGCACAUUUCUAGACCUCCUCGACUAUCUUCUGCCCAUCCUCCCGUCCUCUCUACUGUCCGCCCAAAAUAAUGCACAGUCGACACCGCUUCACUGGGCAGCACUAAACUCGCAUCUGAACAUCGUAAAAAAACUAGUCGAGUUCCCGGGGGGGCCAGGAGUCGAUUUAAUUGACAUAAAAAAUGCGGCCGGACGAUCUCCCCUUGCGGAGGCCGAGCUGACUGGUUGGGACGAGGGAGCGCAAUGGCUGGUGCAGAUGAUGAAGCUGGAUGAUGGGGUCAAGGAGGGUGAGGGUGAGCCGGAUGCCGAAGACGCACCACUUGAACCGGGGCAAAAAGUCGAGAUCGAAAUUCAAGAUGCUGAUGGUGAACUGGCCAAAAUGACAAUAGGAGGUCGGGAAUGA